UUUUUUUUGUCUAAAUAUCAAAAAAGUUACUUUUUUGUCCUCCUUCUUUUUUCUUUAUUACACUUUUUUUUUUCUUUUUUCUUUCUCCUUCUUCAAUCACUUUUUUUUUUAUUAUUAUUUCUUUCUUUUUAUUUUAUUGUUUAACUUUUAAGAAAAAGUCGUAUAUUCACUUUUAACGGUGCAGUAAUCUUCUUUCCUCCCCACUUUUUUAUUAUUUGAUAACCAAUAUGAUCCACCAAUAUGGGUGGCUCAUUAUUCUAUUAUCUUUUCAACUAAUAGUCGCUCAACAAUUAUUACCACCUUUACUCGAUUCAGAACGUGUCGGUCAAUUAGGUAUUGUAGGUCAAUUCGCUGGUCUUUCACCUUACACGAACUCAGCCCAAACUGGUAAUCCUUCACCUGGUAUCUCUAUCUUUGAACAAGACCCUACUUCAAUAUUUUCAUCACUUGUCAUUGGUAAUGGUAAAAUAUAUUCAAGUUGUAUCUUGGAUCAACAAUUAUAUCUUGGUGGUUCCUUUACAACUUUAUCUUCCAACAACAACAACAAUAAUAAUAAUAAUAAUCUUCAACUAAACAAUAUCGCUCGAUGGGAUUUGAAUACCAAUACGUUAUCAGCACUUGAUCAAGGUUUAGAUGGUCCAGUCUAUUCUUUAUAUUGUGAUGAUACCAAUCAUACUGUUUAUGUAGGUGGUGAAUUUCAUCAACCAAUAGGUAUGAAUUCUACGUCUUUUGCUGGAAGUGUGGCCCAAUGGUUCAAUAAUCAAUGGCUUCCUUUACCUUGGCAAGGUUUUAAUGGUCCUGUUCAUGUUAUUACUCACAAUUCAAAAAGAAAUACUCUUCUAUUUGGUGGUCGAUUUGAUGCUACUGGUGAUGGUGUUUAUUUCAAUACAAAUACUAGUCAAUUGGUGAAUUUAGAUCAACCUACGGUGAUUAGUUCUGGAAAUGGUGCAUUAUCAGGGAACAAUAGUCAACCUAAUAGUAUUAUAUGUCCAAAUUCUACUCCUCAAAAUAUCACUCAACCAUGGUUAUUACAAUCUGAUGUUCCUGGUUAUUGGCAAGCUACUUUUCCAUAUCCUAUUCAACCUUCUAUGUUUCGAAUUAGCAACACCCAAUUACCGGAUCAAGCAACAAGGGCUUUUAGUAUUCUAGCCCUGGGUUCCAAUGAAUUGUUUCAACUCAGUUUUAUUGAUCCUACUACUCGAUUACCUACAACAUGUAGUGAUAUGUGUUUUUUAGCCAAUAGUCCCAAUAUCACUUUUCAAGAUUUUUCUGUGGAAAAUAGUAUUAAUACAACUGGUAUACGUAUCCAAAUUCAUUCUUGGUAUGGUUCAGGGGGUGGAUUAGGAAAUGUCCAAAUCUAUCAAGCAGAUAAUACCCUAAAUCCUCAUCUUGGUGGAAACAAUAAUUGUACUGGAUCAAAUUUUCCAUCUACUUCUGUGAUUGGACAAUGGAAAGAAACGUUUGCUUAUGGAUCCUAUGAAAACUUUUUGACAUCUACUUUUCCAUCAUCUGAAUUAUCAACAACUAACACCUCAUUGACCUAUUCACCAUAUAUUCCAUCUCAAGGUAAAUAUACAAUAUACGCUAAUACACCAGGUUGUGUCGGUACCAGCAAUUGUGAUCAACGUACCCAAGUAGAAUUAACGAUUCAAAUGACACCAAAUAAUAUCAUCACUAUGAUGAUCGAUCAAACAAAUCCUCAAGAUAUAUCAACGAUGAUUUAUGAUGGACUCAUUGUCCCUUCCACUAGUACUUUUCAACCCACCAUCACUCUUCGACCAUCUCCAAAUGCAACCAUACCAGCAAGUUCCAAUGUUACCCUAGUUGCUGAAUCGCUAUCCUUUGUACGUAAUGGUACAAAUGCAACUCUGAUUAGUAUUCUGGAAUUCAGUCCUCAAAACUACUCCACCCAGCAAUCUCUCGCAUGGCAUCCUCUGACAGAUCAAUUGACUCCUGGAUCAACUGUCCAUACAUUGGAUGCAUCUAAUGGUGAUGUUUUGUAUAUUGGAGGCCAAUUUGUCGGUAUCACUAGUCCUUAUAGAAACAUCGCUGCAUAUGAUUAUAAUUUAGGCAAGAUCUCUACACUGAAUGGAAACGGACUCGAUGGAAACGUUACAAGUCUCUUGUUAUCUGGCACUGAUUUGUACGUGGGUGGAUUAUUCAACAACACAAUCGAUCAACAAUUGACAGGAUUGAAUCAUGUAGCAGUAUAUCAUACCACCAAUCAAUCUUGGUCCACAUUAGCUCACGGUACGGACGGAAAUGUUGAAGCAAUGAUAUCUUCUCUUGACAGUUCUACUAUCACGAUUUCAGGCGAUUUCAAUCAUGUGAUUCAACCAAAUGGUCGAUCAAAGAUAAGCACAAAUAACGCGAUUUGGAAUCCACUUCAACAAAAAUGGACAGAUCGACAAGCAUUCAUUGCUGGUAGUAUCAAUUCAUGGCAACCUUUCGCAACAUCCACUAAAAAUAGCAGCAACAUGUUAGUUGGAAAUUUACAAGCAGCACAAACGUUCUAUUCCGUCGGUGCUACCACAUUUUCUUCAUUAACAGCACCUUUAUGGACACAGUAUUAUGGACUUUUUGAUAAUGAUGACACAGCCACCGUUAACUCUGGACUUUUCUGGCACAACAGCACAUCCAAUCAACAAGUGACAAUUCUAGGCGGUCAAUUUACCAUGCAAAACGGUGCCAUUGCCAACAUUGCUUUGUAUCAUGACAAUACUUGGUCCGGAUUCCAGCUUACCAAUAGCGAUGCCUCUCCUUCAAUGGUAAAUGCUUUAUUACAAAUUCAAGGGAUUCUUUAUAUUGGUGGUCAAUUCUCUGGACAAAUUCAACAGCAAUCGGUGAAAAGUAUAGCGAUCUAUAGUCUUACUGAUCAAUCAUCAGUCCCAGUGAGUGGUCUUACUGAUGAUACGGGUGCGCCUGGAAAAGUCAACGUGAUGCAACCUUCUAUUGAUGGAACUAAGAUAUACAUUGGUGGCAACUUUGCAAAGGCUGGAUCCCUUGGUUGCACUGCAGUCUGCGAAUGGGAUGUUAAUAUUCGACAAUGGAAUCCUGUGGGUCAAGGUUUAGCAGGUGAAGUACAAGGACUAUCGGUUGGCAACAAUAAAUUGACAGUGAUUGGACCUCUACUUAAUCAGCAACAAUCUACAAAGAUCGCACAAAUUAAUCCUUCCAGCAGUUCGACAUGGUCAACUCCAGUUUCUUCCAACACUGAUCUUCAGAAAUUGACAUUGACAGCUGUUAUAGAUGCUCCUGAUGACAGUGUGCUAGUGGCUGGUCAAACAUCUGAUUCUCAAACAGUGGUUGGGGUAGUAGAUUCGCAACAACAGUUCUCUGUGUUAUCGUCAUCGACUCAACAGCAACAAACCUCUUCAUCAUCAUACCUAUUACCUGGAGGUAACAUUCAACAACUUUUAUUUGUCCCUACAGCCAAUUCAGCCGCCGAUCAAUCUCGAUAUCCUCCUAAUACAAACUCUGUUUUAAUGGCUGCUGGACAACUUCAAUUAUCAAAAUCUGGCAAUGCGACAGUAGCUCUGUUUGAUGGUACUUCUUGGUCUCCAUAUGUUUUGUCAUCUCAAUUCAAUGGUCAACCUGGUCAAGCACAUGCUAUUUUCCAUGAAUUGGAUUGCUGUAAAGCAAGUAAUAUUCGACAUUAUCUUCCUGUACCAGCGGUAAUCCUUAUUUCUAUUGCGAUUUCAUUGGGAUUAUUGUUUUUAUUGGUAGGAAUGGGAUUAGGAUGGAUGUUUUUGAAAAGACGUCGACAAGGACUGGAUUAUCCCGAACCAAUGCCUCCAUGGCAACCUUCCUCAAAUUCACCUCCUGUAGCUGGAUAUUCUGAUCAAGACGCUGGUUCAUCAACACAAUGGCGACCUUCUUCAAGUAUUGCGGCUAUAUUGGAUGCAGCACAACUGGCGACGUUGGGUGGAGCGGCAGGACUGGCCAUUGCUUCGUCUUCACAGCAAAAGAACAAGGGAGAUGAAGUGAAUGAUUUGAACGUUGGUGAUCGUCAACAUGGUCCGGGUACAGCUACUUUUGAUCAAUUGAAAGCCUUGGCUCUCCUUCAAGCUGGUAACACUGGCCCUGCGACAGAUGAACGACCUCAAUUAUAUUGUGCGAAAUACCCAUUUGAUGCAAAAGAAUUUGGAGAAUUAGGUUUUGAUGCCAAUGAAUCUAUUGUGGUGACAGAUACAAGUGAUAAUGUCUGGUGGAUGGGUUAUAAAGAUGAUGGCACUGGCAAACCUAUCUCUGGUCUUUUCCCAAGCAACUAUGUAUCAAGAUCUUCUACAUAAACUAUGAUAUUCCCUUUUUAUAACAAAUUAUACAUACCUAUUCCAUUUUUUUUUUUUUUUAGUCUCUUUUUUCCUUGAUUCUGUUACAUCUUUACUUUUUCAUUUGCAUUCACCUUAUUCUUUACUUUUUUAUCAUAAUACUAGUAUCUUGUUAUAUCAUAUUUCUUCUUUUACAAAAACAUUCGUUUUAGUGUUACUUUUUUUUUCCCCUUGUUGGGGUUUAUAGACUCAAUUAAUAAAAUAAAAAAGCAAAUCAAAC